AUGCCUGCUUCUACUUUCACCACUGCCGCUCCCGCGCUGCAAAUGCCCCGCGAGCCGGUCCCCGCAGCGUUCCCUACCGAACGAACCAGCACCGAACAACCGCCGCCAAUCCAGCCCAUGUCAAUGGAGCAACCUGAGAUGAGCAUGCGAGGAGGCAAGGACGGGGGUGCCAUUUGCUGUGGUAUCUGCGCCGGUCUCUGUUGUUUCGAAUGCCUAGACUGCUGUUGUUAA